AUGGCUGAGGACAAUUCGUGGGUAUUCGAUUCACUCGUGUGCUUUCUUCAUGGCCCCGUUUGGAAUGCUCCGUUGCAGACGUUUAUAGAAGAUAAAUCGAUCAUUUUCGACCCUAGUCUCCAACCGGACGAGACUAAUCCCGAGUUCCGGAAGGUGCACGAUGAGUAUAAAAAUUUGGUGGAUCUGCUGCUUGGAUCGUUCAUGGAGGAAAUGCAGAUCACGCCGGAACAAUUUGAGUUCGCCUGCUUAGAGGGACGUCACGUGGCCAACUUGGCAUCCCGUGCGGCAUCCGCUUCAACGAUCGAGGACACAUCGGCAUCGGCCGAUGAACGGGCUGGCACUAGUACGUUUUCCUUCCACCAGGGACUGUUCCAGCAAAUAUGGGCAGCGAAUGAUAUUCGCAUCUUCAUUCGAAUGAUGGUCCAACGGAACGUGGAACUACAGUUGCAGGCGCUCGAUUUGAUUGAACGGCGUUCGCAAGGCUCCAGCGUAGGGUAUGACACUCACCCUCAAGACGGUGGAUCGCUCGACGGUGAGACAUCGGAUGCAGGGCCAAGCCAUUCUCGUAUGUUGAGUAACUCCGAUCCAGAGGAGACAGAGGGCACGCACUCGGAAGGCGAACUGGAGCGAGACAUUAUCAAAUCCAUGGAAAAUGAGCUAAACAAGCCGGACGGAGCGACUACUGCAGAACAUGCGGGGAGCUCGGUGUCGUCGCUCAAAGAGGUGCCUGAGGAAACGGAUAAAUUUCAAAGGUUGAAUUUAUUCUUCGACCAAGAGAAGAUCAAUGCCGAAGACAUGAAGUCACGCCAGGAGUAUCUGCGGGCGCAGCGUGAUAAGAUACUACACAUCAAGAAGAAGGCACGGGCACGCCAGCUUAACGAAACGAUCCGGAAGAACGACCGGCCCAACUCGGCACAGGUGGCGCAGAAGAUCCUCGAGGGUGACACUGAAACGGUUCCCGUUGAGCCACCGGAAGCCUCGUUACAGCUGCGCAAAAUGCUUGCCCAAAGACUCCGGGAUGAGAUUGCUGGCGAAAAGGAGUAA